CGGUAAUUUUAUAGUUGGACGACAAUUUAUAGGUAGCUAGCAUGUAGCUUUUUGUCAGUGUCCAGAACUCCGAUUGAAAGUCGUUGCUAUCAUUAGUACAUUUAGUUUAUAUAAACUGUGUGUGUAUCAUACGUUUUUUGUUGAAAUGGAUAUCCUAAGAGACGACGACGUCCAAGAGCUGAAAUACAAACCCGGGGGUCGCUUGGAUAUGAGCCAUGGCUUCCUGCACCAUAUCCGGAGGAACCAGAUUGCUAGAGAUGACUACGAUAAAGAGGUGAAACAAGCCAAACAGCUGCAGCGGCGAAGACAUACUACAACUCCAAGGAGGCCCCGUCGACCUGACCUCCAAGUGUACCAUCCCAGAAGAAGACAUGGAUCAGAGCCAGGAGCUGGUGCUGAAGAGGCUGAGGCUGAAGAGUGGAACGAAAGUGGUUCAAGCACAGAGACUGAGUCCCAUGGGAUGGAACUUUUCUGGCUUGACUACCAGGCGGACUCUGGUACCAUUACAUCAUUUCUUGUUCAUAAGGAAGAUAAACCUGAGAAGAUAGUGGAACGUGUUGCAGAAAAGAAUAUCUUGGAUUCAGCCAUGAGGGCAGCUCUAAAAGCUAGGAUUCAAAAGGAAAUGGACAAAAGACGGGACAAACACUGACUGAGGUCACACUAAGAAUGUGAUGACAAAGACAGACCUGUGGAGCAAUAUUUCAUUAACACUGCUGACAGUGUUGGAUCUGUAACCAGAGAUUGGAUCCUGUACUGUGACCAGCAGCAGAAAUCCUCACCCUACAGUCAUUCUGUGAGCAGGAGUAAGGAACAGCACUUAUCAGAGUUAACAUGGUUCAGAUUUGACAGCCAUGUUCACGUUUACUACAAUUUACUGCUAGUCUGUUACCUCACACCCUAAUUUAUCACUGUAGGGACACGUAUACCUUGGAGUUGAAUGGACCUCUGACACUGAUUUUGCAUUCAGAAAGAAAAGGUACUAGUUGAGUUGUUAACCUUCUUUCUCUGUUAACAAAUGUUAACAUAUUUUCUAACAUGAUGUAACAGUCUUGUGUUUUAAAAAUGUGAAAAAUUACAUAUUUGUUCAGUUGGAGAGUUUAUUGGAUGCAGCUACAGGUUGUUUUUGUUACAACCAUGUUUAAUUUUUUGCUUAUUUAUUUUUGCUUGUUGCAAGACCUUUAUUUUUGAUAUACAAUAUUUUUAAAUAUUUACAUAUAAAAGUGGCAUAUAACAUUGAUUACUGUCCAAAUGUGUCUCAAGCACUUGUGGAAUUAUAACAGCCAUAAAAUGUGAUGUGUCUUGUUUGA